AUGGAUAUUGGACACAUGGCACAAAAUGUGUGCCGAGAGAUUUCGAGGGAAAUUUCACAGGAUCUACGAGUGAGAUGGUGCAGUGACGAGAACGUGCGGCCUAACUCGUCAUUUCAAGAGCCACGACCCUGGAAAAACGGAGAUUUCUCGGCACUAAAGACCAGUGUGCUCUUGCCGCAAAAUCUGAGACAUCGACGAAGUCUCACCGAACCUCGUGUCCGAUCACUAAGCGCAUCACCGGGGAAAAGUCGAAUCCUAAGAGAAAUGUCUCCUCAUCAGAAAAACAUUCGUCCCAUCAAAGGAUCUCCGAUAAAAACACGAGCAAAUCUUUUACCCGCCGAUCAUCACACAAACAAAUGUAUGACCGCACAAAGACUUUAUGAGAUGAAUGUCAAAGAAGAAAUGGGAUCAUAUGAAGAAUUUGAGCAGAAGCGCCAAGCUCAAUUGAAGAAGCAACGAAAAGCAAAUUGGUCAGUGGAUUUCGCGUUUGGAGAAACCAGAUGGCAAGAGAAAUUGGUGGCAGAGGGACCAUUUAAAGAAGAAUUGGACGACAAUGACGAAAACUUGAAUGUGACCCCCGAAAUGGAAGCCCCAUUCGAUCUGAAGAUGUAUUUCACCCCGGCCGCUCACUUGAACAUGGACGAUUCAUUCAAGACAACAAUUGGCUCUCCGUCUUAUUUGAAUCGCUCGAGAGAUACGACUUUCGAUCAAACAUUGGAGUCGAAUGAGCAAAGAUUGGACUCUCUGAUUCACCGUCUCAAUCGAAGCACCGAGAAGUUGGUCACCUCAUUCCAGGAGACGACGAAAAUCUUCGAUAAACGGGAGAAAUUGUUCAACAAAGUUCUUUCGCCAAAAGAAAAAGAAUGGAAAUCACCAAGGAAAGGGGUUCAAUUCACUCCAUUCGAUUCUGAAUACCGACAAUCUUUGCCCGCUUCAACGACAUUCGAAAUUCACAACAAUGUGAGAAUUGAGGAUUCAAGAGUUAGCUACGAGCCGGCAAUCUGUUCAAUUCUUGCUAAACAACUUGACACAAGCACACAUUUGAGCAAUUUGGAGAAGAACCUUCAUGGACUCGUUGAAGUCGUCUCGAAAGUGGAGAAAUUACAGAAAACCCCGAUAAAGAAUGGAGAAGAUGAGAUUAGGAGAAGAUUGCUGAAGAUAUUACAAGAUGAGAUGAAAGUAACGGAUAUGGCUCUCGAUCAUUUACUGGAUAGACGAUUUUUGAGGGGAACCAUUGAGAAAGCGACGAGACAAACCGGAAAUGGCUCAACAAAUAUCUGGAAGACGGCAAUCAGUCAGAUCCACACAUGGAGAAUGAGACUUCAACAACUCGCGAAACAAUGUCACAAAUUGACUUCUGAUAUCAGAAACGAGAAACUGUCAAUGAAGGAUUUCGAAGCUGCUUUGACAUCGAUUCGCCGAGAGUUGGCCUUGAUCAGAGUGGAGGUCUUCCAGUUGCCCCAUGAAAUGACACAGACACUCCCAUGGAAUAAUGUUUCCUAUCAAAGUAUGAUCAAUCAAUCACAUCAAAGAGAGGAAAAUGGAAUGAAUGAGAGUCAACACGAGAAUCCAAGGCUUCGAUACGCUGGAAGAUUGGAUCAUUCACAAAUCACCGAAGCUUCGAUCAGUGAUUUCGAGAUUAAAGAAAACGCGAGCUCUUUCAUGAACAGAAGCCAUUCGGAAUCGAUCAACUCAUCGAGAGGCCCCAUUCGUUUCUCAUAUCAAACACAAGAAGUCCCUUCAGCUCUCCGGAAAGAGUUGGAAGAGAAGCGACGCCUUGCUGAAACGAUCAAUAAAAACAUUUCCGAAAAAACGAUCACCUCAAUUCAAAAACAAAUCGCGGCUCAUGAGGAGUACAUUCGAGAAUCGAAACCCCUUUUGGAAAUGCUAGCAGACAGAUCUGAGAAAUUGGUUCGAGAAAUCGAUGAGCCGAAGCCUCAUUUGCUCGAGGAUAAAGCAUCACAAGUUGAUCGUGUCUCUUCGGUGCAGCAAGAAGAGGCACCAAUCUUGUCGAUGAGUAGUGUGGAAGAGAGCGAAUUAUCCACUGCUUCAAGCACAUCGAUUCCCGCAGCAACAAGUUACUUUGGAGAUAACAUUCCAAAGCUUGAUCUUUCUUCAUUGGAUCAUGAAGUGCCAGUGAAUAUACAAAUGUAUGAAGAGACACCAAUGGAAGAAGAUUACACAAGUUCAUCUGAUCUCACACCACGAGCAUCGCCUAUUCGAGAGAUUGAAACGCAUUUGUCACAAAGCAUGAAAGAAGUUGAAGAAAGAGAAAGGACUCCGGUGAUGACCACUCCCAAAGUGCAUUCAAUUGAGAUGAAAACGCCUUCACCUUCUCAACUCUCCGAAAAGAUCAAAACACCGACGAGUUCACCAAAAGUGAAAACGCCGUUAUCUUCUAAAAUCUCCGAGAAGAGUAAAACCCCAAUGAGCACUCCAAAAGUGGACACGCCUUUAUCUUCUCAACUCUCUGAAAAACUCAAAACCCCGAUGAGCACACCAAAAGAGGAAAUCCAAGAAGAUGAGAUUCUCUCAGAGAUUGAGGAUUCAGCAACACCAAAAUCCGCGCCAAAGACAGUUUUCGAGACAAAUGAUUUGGAGGAGAGUCUCAUUUUCAGUGCUUCUUCAUCAUCAUCAAUGAAAAAGGAGACACCAAAAAGUGUCAUUUCAGAAAAGAAUCAACAAUCAGAGAGUAGCGUUUUCGAAGAAAAAACUAGAACACCAACAAAAAGCAUCGAAGUGUUUGAAAUGGAAGGCGAAAAUAAUACAGAAUUAGAUGAGGUAUUGAACAAAACACCGACCCCCAGCUCAGUAUCUUCUUCUGAAAGACAGGAAAUUGUGAACGAAUCGAUGAAAGAUAUCUCUUCAUUCGCUCCACAAGAAAUCUCACAAAUCAAUUCGGAAUUCGAUGAAAUGUCGAUUACUCCAUCGAUCAGAGAGGAUGAAAUGCUUAUUCUCUCCGAAUCCGACGUUCUCUCGAUGCGAACUCCAAAAGAAGAUCAAAUUCUCGAAUCUCCUGUUACCACUUUCAAGAAUGAGAUCGUUUCUCCAAACAAAAACUCUUUGAUCGAAGAUUCAAAAGGAAUCGAAGAGAAAGAAAAGAAACCGAUAGAAAAUGUGGGACCGACAAGGAGAGAUUUAAUUGACGAAUUGUUGAACUCGUUCACUCGAUUGAGCACAAAUGAUUCACCGAGAGGGGCACGAUCACCAAGAAUCUUUGAGACGAGUCUUUUGUCUCCUCGAAUGAAAUCCCCGAGAGCCAACACAAUCUCAUCGUUUACUCCACCAUCUAGUAGUCCGCGAUCAAAAAUCGCUGAAAACAUUGGCAAUCAAGUGGUGGAAUAUGAGCUAAAGAAAGCUCUAUUCGAGGCUCAUUCCACUUCGAUGGAUGAAAGUCUCGAGGAUAUUUUGGGUAUCAAAAGAAUCAUUAAAAAUCGCGAUCAAAAGAAGAUUUCUCCUCGUUUGGAAACAUUGAUUGAUGAAGAGGAACCACUCUUUCAAUCGUCGAAACCCGUGGCCGAAUUCGAUCGGAUAUUCGAUACACCGAGAAAAGCUUUCCCAUCUCCUCCAUCUUCAGCUUCAAGUUCAUCCACACAACCAGAUCAUUCUCUAAUUCGAACCGAAAAAGGAGCUCAAGCGUUGAUGGAAAAACUAGCAAAGCAAGUAUCCGAGAAAAUUGUUGAUGGGACAACAAUGUCGAACUCUGAGAUUCUCUCAAUCUUACAAGAUCUCGAAAAGAAGAUCACAAUUGAAGAAGAGACACGGCAAUUUGGGGAUCUGCUGUAUGAAUGUGCGAUGGAUGAAGGAAGGAGGUUGAUCUGUUUGGAUAAAGAUAUCACUUCUAAAUCAUUGGAAUCAUUCAUCAAAAAGGCUCUUCUUCAAUUUAUGCCUUUAGAUCCAGAUGUCGUCUACUCGACUCGCAAAUAUCAGACGGGAUCAAAUGAGAGCAAAGUCUCUUUUCCGAAUGGACUCUCAACGGAUGAUAAACGUGCGAACAUGGUGCUCCGACAGAUCAUCAUCGACGACGAUAAGCGGUUUAAAGAAGAAUUGGAGACCACGAAAAAAAUGAAUAUCGACAAAAUGACGGCGAAUCUUCUGGAUGAGAGCGUAAAAGAAGCCAUAACUAGUCUACAUGAAAUGGGUAAAAUCGUGGAAGGGAUGAUGCUUCGACCAUCUGCCUAUCGAUUUGCUGCUUCUACACGAAGUGUGCACAAAUUGGCCGAUGGGACUGAUUAUCAAUACAUCCAUCGAUCCGAGCUUCCUUCAUAUCACUUCCAAAAAUCUCUUCGACGAUUGCCUAUCCCAAAAUUGGCCGACACCGCUAAUCGAUACAUUGCUUCAGCCAAAGCUGUUCUUAGCGAUGCUGAUUUUACACGAGCCGAGAAAUUGAUGCGAGAUUUUGAGAAAAAUGAGGCACCCGAGUUGCAACAGGAACUCUUGAAGUAUGAUCGUCAUCACAAGGACACGAGCUACAUCAGUGAACCUUGGUUCGACAUCUAUUUAAGAUCUCGUGCUCCGUGCCCGGUUAACUACAAUCCAUUCAUGAUGUAUGCGCCCGAUCCAAACCCGAAGUUUAAUCAUCAACUAACACGUGCCACAAAUUUUGCCAUCUCGUACGCGCGGAUCAGGCGGGCUUUGGACGAAGAGGUUUUGGCUCCAGAAGUAUUUCAUCUGAAUCCAAAAAAGAGUGACACGAAGUUUUUCAGAACGGUUUGCAAAUCUCUUCCGCCAUCGCUUUCUUGGUUUGGUGCCGUGGCUUUUAAAGCUUUUCCACUUGACAUGAGCCAAUAUAAAUCACUUUUUUGUGGAUCAAGACUGCCAAAAAAGGAAAAGGAUGUUCUCUAUUUGGACCGAUCACAAAAACAUUUUGCGGUUCUUCAUGGUGGUCGUGUCUACACGGUGCGAUUGUUUGACGACAAUGGUCACAUCAUUCAACCAGAGAGGGUCCAUGCUUCACUGGCUUCGAUUUUGUCACAAAGUUCAGCAAACGCCGAUGAAAGUGUCGGAGCUUUGACAGCGGCCGAUCGAGACACUUGGGCUGUUGCGCGUGAAGAGCUUGAAGGAUUGGGAAAUGCGGAGACGCUUCGAGCCGUUGAUGGAGCGAUGUUUGUACUCUGUCUCGAUUCACUUAAAACUGAGGAUCACAAACGACAAGUUCAAUCACUAUUGAUUGGUGAUAAUGCAUCGAACAGAUGGUUCGAUAAAUGUUUCCAAUUAAUUGUUGACGGAAACGGAAUGGCGACAAUCAAUUUUGAGCACUCUUGGGGUGAUGGAGUUGCCGUUUUGAGACUGAUGGAGGAAAGUUUCAAGGAUACAAACAAACAUCACUUUGUUUCACCAGACGAUAAGCCAGGGACGCCUCAAGAUGACGAUUUGAAAGAACUAAAGUUCAAUUUGAACGAUUCGGUGAAGCAGAAAAUCGUCAAUGUACAAAAGAAGCACGUCGACGAUUGCAAGGACCUUGAUUUUGCCACCGUUGAAUACAAAAACUUGAACCGUGAUCUCAUCAAAAAGACAAAAUUGAGUCCCGAUGCUGUCAUGCAAUUGGCAAUACAGAUGGCCUACUACAAUGCCUACAAAGAAUUUGUGCCUACAUACGAAUCUUGUAGUACGGCUGCAUUUUUGAAGGGAAGAACUGAGUGUAUGAGAUCAGCAACCUCAGCUACGCGAGAAGCGGUUCUUGCUCUUUCAUCAAAUCGCCUUGAAGGAAUUCAAGAACUUUUGAAAAAAUGCUCUGAUGUUCAUUCACAAUUGGUCAAAGAAGCAAGCAUGGGCCAGGGAUUCGAUCGGCAUUUGUUGGGACUACGAAUUACCGCAGAACGAUUGAAUCGAUCGGUGCCUGAAUUUUUCAAAGAUGCUACUUACAAUAGAAUGGGUCACUUUGUGCUCUCCACAUCGACACUUUCGACUGAAACCAUAGUUUUUGGAGGAUUUGGACCGGUUGUCACUGACGGAUUUGGAGUUGGAUACAACGUUGUGCCGAGCAAAUUGGGCGCUGUCAUUUCAAGCAACAAGUCGAAGAAACUUGCGCAGAAUUUUGCCGAUUCGCUCACCGACUCGUUGGACAUUUUGCGGGGAGUUCUUGUGAAA